AUGGAGGUAUUGAAGUUCAUUUAUCGAUUUGAGCUCCUACUCUCGCGAUUACAUCAUGUUUUUACGUCAUCCAACCACCAACCGAGAAGAAAUAUUUCUGACUGGUAUAAAAAUCAUGUAACCAAUGCCUUGAUAAGAAAAAUUGAAGAAUUCUGUCAAGAAAAAUCCGGAUGGCGUUUAUCAGAAAUCUCAAAUUUAGUAAUAACGAUGUCAAAAUAUCAACCCCUUCAUGCUGGAAUCUCAACUUUUGUGAGGAUGCCUCAGAAGAUAAUAAACCGACAUGCAGUUUUGAACAUUGAAAACUUUGAUGAAUACUGCUUCCUAUGGUGUGUUUCUAUAAAUUAUGAUAUAAAUUCUGAUCUAAAAACUAUUCAUCUUUUAAUGAUACAAAGUAAUACAAAUUUAAAUAUGAAAAACGAUGAUUAUGAUGAUUAUAAACCGAUUUAUCAUUUUGCAUUAAUUAAUAAUUUAUCAGCUUUAGUAAGAAGUAGUGUAACAAAAUCACGCAAACAACAUUUCUUUUGUGAUCGAUGCUUAAAUCAUUUUAAAAUAAGAGAAUCUUUUGAA